AUGGCCGACCCUACCAUCGAAACUAUCAGGUCUGAGCUCUCACGGUGUGUUAAGCUGGUCGCUGCCGAUCGAGGCUUGCCAUCCAGCGGUUUCAAACCACUUGUUUCUCGUAAUCGCUCUCCGGCUGAGGCUAAUCGGUAUUUCUCACCAGCACUCCUACGUUACCGGAAUUUAGUGGCACGUGACGAUUAUCUGUCUUCUAUACCAUCUCUGGACGAACUCGCAAGUGCUGUGGCUGACGCUUGGGCUAUCGAGGGCAUUUCGUGUGAGAAGCACGAGAACGGCUACAUCACUUUCGAGGACACCACCAAUUCGGCCUUUCGAGAGAAGGAGACUGGCGGGGUUUUGGACGAACACGUGGACUUGCCUGUUAUUGGUGAUGUCGUAGAAAGUACGUAUCAACACAAAUGGGGAACUCCUCGGCAGGGAGGCUUUGCUAAGGGCUCAACGAUAUGCAUCCAGAUGCGCGACGGCUAUGACAUUCCUGGCGAACUAACUGUUGAGGAUUUCUGUAUUGUUUUGUGGGCUUGUCAUUUGAAUGAGAAAAGUCACAACCAUUUAAAAGCGAAGGUUCGACCACCGAAGAACAACGGAGUGAAGGUUGGAGUGUUUGCAUGUAGAUCACCCUAUCGGCCGACUAGCAUGGGAAUGUCAAUAUGUCGAGUCGCUGAGGUGACUGAUGCUCGCAUUGAACUCCACGAGAGCGACAUGAUUCUGGGCACGCCAGUGUUGUCAUUGCGGAAGUUCACGAAGGAGCGGUAUCAGCCUCGAGGGCCUAUAUGCAUGCCACGAUACGUAACGGAAUCUGUCCGUAAAGCGAUGAACGUGAUGUUUUCUACCGAGGCAUGUCGUGAAGUCAACCACUGGCCCAGUGAAAUGAAGGGAAUUAUCGUGAGCACACUGGAAGAGGACCCACGCUCGAUUCACUCACGGAGGAAGCACAAGAAUCCCGUCUAUGCCGUUGACAUCGGGUGCGAAGGCCGAGAGCCGAUGCGGGUUAUUUAUCGUUAUCGUCACGGCACUGAAGAUUGGAUAGAAGUUGUCCGUAUCGAAGAAGUAUCGACGAGCUUGUCUGAUGAGUCUUGCCCUGCUCCGAGAACGAAGGCCUGGCUAGCAGGUCUAACGGCAGAGCUAGCCGAUAGUAUCGGCUAA